AUGGUGCUGCGCAUCGGAGCUGCUCGAGCGCGCCGGCUCUGGCGCCCUGUACCCGCUCGCUGUGCACUCGCGUUGCUGCGUGAGCACGUCGCAGUGUCUCUGGUCCACGUGCAGCAGCGUCAGUCGUCAACGGGGCGCGCCGGAUCGACGUUCAAUGAGUUGCUAAGUGACAGUCGAAAACGCCAUACGACAGACCCAUUGAUCGAGAAAGAAGAGGACGUUGAAGCCACAAGCGACUCGAGUCCCCUCGCACGUCUGUUGCUGCACUCGAAGCACUUUCAGCUCGAGAUGGAAAAGGUUUCGUACGACGACGGCGAGGAGGAGGAGGAGGAGGUCGUAGACAGCAAUGGACGAGAUGGGGCAGGUGAUGGAUCGGAGGGGUACAGAGAAAGCAGCAGCACUCGUCGUCGGUCUUCUGACACUUGGGAGCGUCGCUUGGUUCGUCGUCAGCGCUAUGGCAAUGCUGAGCUUGGGCGGAGUGCAGUGGACCACAUUGUGCACAAGGACACGGACGAGAUUGACUAUGACGCUGGGCUGGAGAACGUCUGGGACGAGCUCGAGCGCAAGCAGCGCAGAUUCGAUCAGACGCUGCGACGGGAUCACGAUCGGGACCACGUGUGCACGAACUGUGGCGAACGUGGCCAUCGCGCUCGGAAUUGUCUCGUGCCGCCCAUUUGCUCGAAUUGCGGCAACUUUGGCCACAGAGCUCAUCAGUGCAGGUACGGACCGACCCCUGACACGAUCGAUGAGUUCCUCGCGCAGGGUGACGAGAUUCACGAGCGCAAGAAAAAGGACCGAAAGGUGAGGAAGAAAGCCAUUGAAGCCGUCAACAACCCGAGCAUGCCGCGCCCGCAGGAGGUGCCCAUGAGCCACUUUUACACGCGUAACGAGGACAUACGCAAGGAGCUGGAUGCGGAACUUGAUGCAUACGCCGACGUGCUGGAAACACAAGCUCGAAAGCGCCGAGCGCGGAAGGCGGAAAAGGAUGCAGCAACAACGUCAGUGUCCGAGAAGUAG